AUGUCGAACUACAGCAAUCAAAGUGGGCAUGAGGGUGGAGGACAGUAUUCUGGCUCUUUCUAUGUCAGCUCAACUCCUACGAAUGCUACAAAUGACACCAAUUCCUCAACCUUAUUGACAGCACCAAGAUUUCCUCUACCCACAUCUGGAAAUAUAUCUUCGCAGAAAUCGAAAAAUCCAAUUAAAUUAACAAUUGUCCCUACUAGUCUGUCAAGUAGUAAUAAUAGCAGUUAUGGGAAUUUGGGCUCCUUGAGAAAUACGCCUCUAACUCCAAGCUCGGCCACUGUUGGAUCGUUUGGUCCUAUCGGUAGCAAUGGCAGUAUCAGCAACUCGCAUUUUCAAUCUAUUCAAGGAACUUUAAAUAACGAUAUUCUAUCACCAGUUCAAUCCCAGAGGCCAACUCUUCCGCAUUUACAUCCGCAACGGCUUUCUGCAUCGUAUCUUGGAAACUAUCUGCCUCAUAAUGAGAAUAAUAAUGGACUUCUUUCGCCUGUUACUAGCAAUUUACCACCUUUGCUGUUACAUUUAGGUGCAAACUCAAAUUCAUUCGGCAAUAUUGGUAUUGGUGACGGUGUUUCCACCCAAAAUUCUUCAGUAGAAAAUAAUAUUGGAGCAGGACCUCCCAGUUCCGGUGUGAACAAAAAUCAUGGAAAUGGUAACUAUUGGCUUAGCCCGGUUCAAUCACCUGCUAUGAGAUCCCCGGCUAGAAACAUUCACAAAUCACAGUCAAGUAACUCUAUGUACCAAUAUCAACCGUUAAUGCAACAACAACAACAACAACAACAACAACAACAACAACAGCAACAACAACAACAACAACAACAGCAACAACAACAACAAAUGACACCAAUACAGUCACAGCCACCUCAAGAAGAUGUUUUGGGGUUUGUUCAAAGUCCAAUCACACCUACAAAAAAUUUUUCUAAUAGAACUUCGUUCAAUUCCCAACUACCAACACAUUAUGAAAACGAUUCUUUUGCAAGCUCUAUUUAUCAACAAGAAUUAGAGCCUCCUUCGCGAGCCCCUGCUCCGGUUCCUUAUUUUAUUGAGUCCUCGACGAUUAAUGGGGCCUCCCAUAAGAAUCUUCAUGGUCAUAAAAGAGGGAAUAGUGUUGGUGUAUUAGCAAAAGAUCAUGGUUACAAUAGCCAAUUUUUGAUGAACUCUGGUAUAUUCAUGCACCAACAAAACUUGAAACAAUUCCAAGCACCUGUGGCAUUCAAUAACAAUGAUAAGCAGAUUUACGACCACAAUGAGCCCCAGAUAGCAACUGAGGAGCAAAAAUUGGGCGCACCGGUUAUUCAGAAAGUGAAUUGUAAAGCUGAUCUAAGACCUGUGAUUAAUCAAAAAUCCAGGUUUAGAAGAGCUUCGAGUGCUUCAAAACAAGUAUCUCCUUUAAAGGCAUUAACUUCCUCCAUUACUACGACAUACUCCCUUUGCCGCCCAGAAUUUAAUUAUCAAUUAUCGAGAAACCCAAGACGAGUAUUAACAAAACCUUCAGAACCAAAGAUGAACAAUAAUUAUGAUAACGUUGAUAGUGACUAUAUUUUGUAUGUUAAUGAUGUUUUGGGUACUGAAGAAUCAAGAAAGUAUCUUGUUUUGGAUAUUGUCGGCCAAGGUACUUUCGGGCAAGUUGUCAAAUGCCAAAAUUUAUUGAAUAAAGAAAUUGUCGCGGUCAAAGUCAUCAAAUCUAAUUCUGCAUAUCUCAAUCAGCUGUUAACGGAGGUAACUAUUUUAGAAACUAUCAACACUAAAAUUGAUCCAUUAGAUAAGCAUCAUUUCCUUAGGAUAAAGGAUAGAUUUAUGCACAAGCAUCAUCUUUGUAUUGCGUUUGAGUUAUUAUCCAGCAAUUUGUAUGAAUUGAUAAAGCAAAACCAAUUCAACGGGUUGGACAUGCAUCUUAUCAAGUCAUUCGCAAGACAAUUAUUGAGCUCUUUGAUUGUUUUGAAAACUUUUAAGAUAAUUCAUUGUGACUUGAAACCAGAAAACAUUUUAUUGGUGAAUCCCGAUAAGCCAGACUUGAAAAUUAUUGACUUUGGCAGUGCUUGUUAUGAACGCCAAACGAUAUAUACUUACAUUCAGUCUAGAUUUUAUAGAUCACCGGAAGUUAUUCUUGGACUACCUUAUUCCAGUGCUAUUGAUAUGUGGUCAUUUGGUUGUAUUGUUGCGGAAUUAUUUUUGGGAUUGCCAUUAUUACCAGGCUCAAGUGAAUAUAAUCAAUUGACAAGAAUAACAGAUAUAUUUGGAUAUCCUGCUUCCUGGAUGAUUGAGAUGGGCAAGAAUUCUUUGAAGUUCAUGGAAAAAGUGGCAACUGGUGCUUCAUCUAAUGCAUUCAGUAAACCAGCUAGUGUGUCUGCCCCUGAUGGCUCCACUACACUCUGCAAAUACAAAUUGAAAUCAAUGGAAAAAUAUGCAAAAGAAUUCAAAACUCAAGAGAAACCUUCGACAAACUACUUCAAUUCGAAUAACUUAUCAGAUAUUAUAAUGAAUUAUCAACCAAGAAGUGUCAUUAAGUCAAAGGGAAAAAUCAUUCCAAAGAAACUCACGGAAAAUGAAUUGAAUGAUCGGUCUAAUUUACUUCAUUUCUUGAAAGGUGUUCUUAACAUGAAUCCUUUGGAAAGAUGGACUCCUCAACAAGCCAUAGCCCAUCCAUUUGUGAACAACCUACCAUUCAAUGAACACUGGACUCCACCAGGUACCAAUGCUGUGAAAAAUGGCAACAAUCUGGGUUCCAAUAACCCACAUAGUACGGGUCAUGGAUCAGCUAGGCAAAGGGCCAAUUUACAUAGAAGAGGGCAAUUAUCAACCUCAUCUAUCAAUUCUUCAACCUCCAGGCUUGGAAACAAUGCCUUCUUUUUGAACAAUGAGUUUUAUGGGAAAAGCGAUGGAAAUGGUAAUUCUUCCAACAAUUUGUCUUUUAAGCCACAACUUCAGCCUAACUUUAAUUAUGCAAAUCCGACGGUUCAAAGCAAUGACUCUAUUACAAGCUUCAAGUUUCCGCUUCAAGAAUGA